CAAUCCUCCUCAUCCCUCUCUGUUAAGCUUCUUCCAAGAACGACCACACCAUUUGUUAACCCAAAUGCUUUCGUAGUUCCAAAUUCACAACCAACCCAAAAAUGAGUUUCCUCUCUUCCCAAUCUCUUCCCAUUCUCUUCCUCUUCUGUUGCUUCUCUAUCAGUAUUGCCCAGCAGCCUUACGUGGGCAUUACCACAACAGAUUGUUCCAACCAGCAUAAUUCAUCUUCCGGUCUUGGCUACUUCUGCAAUGGCCUAAACAGAAGUUGCCAAACUUACCUCACUUUCAGAUCAACGCCUCCUUACAACACUGUUUCCGCAAUCUCCGAUCUAUUCUCCGCCGACCCUUCUGCGAUCUCUUGGAUCAGCUCAGAUUUGGCCAUAAUUCUAGUCAACUGCUCAUGUUCAGGUCAGUUUUAUCAAUCAAACAAGCCUUACACGGUUAAGCGUGGUGACACAUAUCUCACUAUUGCUAAUAACACUUUCCAAGGCCUCUCUACUUGCCAGGCUCUUUCUAAUCAAAGUGUUAAUCCCUCUGAAAAGAAUAUUGCUGUUAAUCAAAUAAUUAGGGUUCCUCUUAGAUGUGCUUGUCCCACAAGGAACCAAAGUGAUUUUGGGGUCAACUAUCUUUUGAGCUAUUUAGUCCAGAAGGGUGAGACUCUUGCAAUUAUAAGCCGGAGAUUUGGUGUAGAUAGUAAUUCUGUUUCUGAAGCAAAUAGACUCUCUGCCUCUGAUAGCACUAUCUAUCCGUCCACCACACUUUUGAUCCCUCUUGAAAAUCCACCAAGUUCUCAAACCACACAGCCACCGACUCCGCCGCCGCCACCGCCACCGCCACCGCCGCCCCCAACUUCGGCCCCGACCUCUAAUGAGAGCUCCAAAACUUGGCUUUAUGCCCUUCUUGGUGCCCUUGGAGGAACUGCCUUUCUUUUUGUCCUAGGCAUCAUUGUCUACUGCAGAGUCUUGAAGGAAAGCAGGAAGAAGAGUGACCCGAUUCUUGUCUCGGAGAGCUUGAGCUUUGAGGCGCGCGAGAAGCCAGUGGAGAAAAGCGUGGAAGAAUCCCAAGAUCUCUUGGAAAAUAUAUCCGAUAUAGCUCAAUCACUGAAAGUUUACAGUUUUAAGGAACUACAAGUUGCCACAAAUGAUUUCAGUCCUAGUUGUUGGAUCAAUGGAAAUGUUUAUCGCGGCACGAUUAAUGGCGAUUCGGCAGCAAUAAAUAAGAUGGACGGAGACAUCUCCAAAGAGAUAAAUCUAUUGCAGAAGAUCAACCAUUCUAAUAUUAUUCGCCUCUCAGGAGUUUGUUUCAACGAGGGGUAUUGGUAUCUUGUUUAUGAGUAUGCUUCAAAUGGACCCUUAAGUGACUGGAUCUUCAAUCAUGAGAAGUAUUUAAGUUGGACACAGAGAAUUCAGAUUGCAUUAGAUGUGGCCACAGGGCUGAAUUAUCUUCACAGCUUCACCAAUCCUUCUCAUGUUCACAAGGACUUAAAGAGCAGUAACAUCCUUCUCGACAGCGAUUUCAGGGCUAAGAUUGCGAAUUUCGCUCUAGCGAGAUCGACACAAGGGCAAGAAGGUCAGUUUUCUUUGACAAAGCAUAUUGUUGGGACUAUUGGUUACAUGGCCCCUGAGUACUUGGAAAAUGGGUUGGUCUCCCCAAAGCUUGAUGUCUAUGCAUUUGGGGUUCUGUUGCUUGAAAUGCUCACUGGGAAAGAUGUUGGUGUUUUGUAUGAUAAAAAUAAGCGCUUAUCCGAUGUAUUAAGUGUUGUUGCUAAAGAUGAAGGACAAGAGAAUUUGAGGGACUUUGUGGACCCUUCAAUGGGAGAGAAUUAUCCCUCUGAACUAGUGAAUUUUGUGGUCAAGAUUAUUGAAAGUUGCUUAGAGGAAAAUCCGGAAGCUCGGCCACAUAUGUAUGAGAUUGUGCAGUUUCUUUCAAGAACCUUGAGCAAUUCUGUCGCUUGGGAAUUGUCAAAUAGCGUCACUAGAUAGCAAUUUUAGUGGUCUUUCAUCUGUUCUCCUCAUCUACACACUGUUUGUACACAUAUGUUGUGAUAUACUGCUAUCUAUGUUCUUUUUCAUUUUCAAAAAU